AUGGAGGACGCGGAGCUGCGCUGCACGGUGGCCGUGGAGCAGCCGCUGCCGGGGGGACAGGCCCCGCGGCGCCGCGUGAUGCGGGGCGCGCUGGUGCUGCUGGGCCGCAACGAGCUGCGGCAGCCGGUGCUGCGGGUGGUCGGCGGCGGCGGGGCGGCGGCGGCGCUGAGCUUCGCGCUGGCCGGUGACGCCGUGCGGCUCUUCACGCGGUUCGCGGGCGACGGGCGGGCGGCGGUGCGGGUGGGGCCGGGCGGCGCCCAGGUCCUGCUCUCCGACUGCCCCCCGGACGCGCUGCGCCGCUUCCUCCGCCUCCUGCGGCUCAAGGUCGCCGCCGGGCCGCGGGGCGCGCCGCGCGGCCCCCGCCUGCUGAGCCGGCCCCCGCCGGCCUUCGCCGUCAUCAGCCCGCUGCAGGAGCGAGACCUGCUGCGCGCCCCCGGCCGCCUCCGCGGCGGCGAGGCGCGGGGGGAGCGCCCGGCGGAGGUGCCCCGCGCGGAGAGGCGGCCCCCGGCGAGGCUCUCGGCGGAGCAGGAGGCGGUGCUGGGUGCCGUGCGGAGCGGGAAGAGCGUCUUCUUCACCGGCUGUGCAGGGACCGGGAAGUCGUUCCUGCUGAAGAAGAUUGUGGGCUCCCUCCCUCCGAAGAGCACCUAUGCUACAGCCAGCACAGGAGUCGCAGCUUGCCACAUCGGCGGCACCACUCUCCAUGCCUUCGCAGGGAUCGGCUCUGGGAAGGCACCGCUGGAACAGUGUAUUCAGCUGGCGGAGCGGCCUGGGGUGCGCCAGCACUGGCUGGCCUGCCAGCACUUAAUUAUCGAUGAGAUCUCAAUGGUGGAUGGCAAGUUCUUUGACAAGCUGGAGGCAGUGGCGAGGGCAGUCAGAAAACGGGAUGAGCCUUUUGGAGGAAUUCAGCUAAUCAUCUGUGGGGACUUCUUGCAGCUACCCCCAGUCUGUAAGGCUAAUGAAGAAACCAAGUUCUGCUUCCAGGCAAAAAGCUGGAGGAAAUGCAUCCGCAUAAACAUGGAGCUGACUGAAGUGCGGAGACAGACCGACAAGACCUUUGUCUCACUCCUGAGUGCAGUCCGUUUAGGCAGGUGCACAGAGGAGGUUACCAGACUGCUGAUGCAGACCGCUGCUAACAGGUCUGAGCGUGAUGGGAUCCUGGCUACACGGCUCUGCACCCAUAAAGAUGAUGUAGAAAUAACUAAUGAGAGAUGCUUGCAACAGCUAUCAGGAGAAGUGCACACUUUUGAGGCUUUGGACAGUGACCCAAUACUAGUGAAGUUAAUUGAUGCUCAGUGUCCUGUGGGUGGUAGAGUUGAGCUAAAGCUUGGAGCUCAGGUGAUGCUAGCUAAGAAUCUGGAUGUGUCUCAAGGGCUGGUGAAUGGGGCACGAGGAGUUGUUGUAGGAUUUGAAAGUGAACAGAAGGGGCUGCCUAAGGUGAGGUUUCUCUGUGGGGCCACACAGGUCAUCAAAAUGGAGAAAUGGGUCUUCAAAGGACCAUCAGGAGUUCAUCUGAGUCGUCAACAGUUGCCUUUAAAAUUGGCAUGGGCCAUUUCCAUUCACAAGAGUCAGGGCAUGUCUUUAGAUUGUGUGGAAAUCUCCCUGUCUCGUGUCUUUGAAAGUGGGCAGGCUUAUGUAGCUCUUUCCCGAGCCCGUAGCCUUGCAGGUCUCCGUGUUCUGGAUUUUGAUCCGAAAGUUGUGAGAGCUGAUCCUUCUGUGUUGCAGUUCUAUAGACAGCUGAGGCAUCAUCAACUUCUAACCCAGGAUUCACUACACACCCAUUCAGGUGCUGAUGAGAAGGAGAACUGGAAAUGAAGCUGAGAAUGCUCUUCUGGCCUCUGGGAGGCAUCAGUACAGACUGCUGAGUUGCAGCGAUCUUGCUAUUGAGUAUAUUUGAUAACAUAGAUAAAGUCAAAUGAAUGUAUCAUGCCUCUGAAAUUUGGAAGGCUUCUGUAGCUCCUUUCUGGGCCCACAGCCUUGAGUACUUCUGUGUCACAGAUGCAACUCCAGCAAACAAAAUGACUGAACAAGGACGUGCCUGAGGGACCUUGCUGCAGUGCUAUCCCGUCUGCCUGUUUGUAUUUUAUUCUCCACAUAUGUAGGCUGAAACUUGAGUGCCUUUCUUCAAGUAUACCACAGCUGAGAGAUGGAAUGUGUGUGUCCUCUUUGCCUGGAUGGAUUGGACCUGUUCACAAGAGCUGCUGACACAUGGGAAAGCAGUGCUAAGUAUCUGGAAUACAUGCUUGAUUCUUCUGCAAGCGAAGAGCUGCCAGGAGCUGGGCUAUCACUUUAUAGCACGCUGGGGUGUUCUUGCCUUCCAGAUGCUUAACACCAGGAGGCUUUGCAUAACUUCCUCCACAAGCAGAACUGUAAGAGUUAUACAUUGCCUGUUAUGCUGAUACAUAGCCUUUUUAUUAGUCUGUUGCAUACAAUAAGGUAUGAUUUUUAUUUUUUUAACCUUCUGAGAUGAGCUGGUACUGUUUAAAAAUAGGAGCUGCCAGCACUUAAGUCCUACAGUUUAUACCCAUAGUUUGGGCAAGAAGGGAGUGAGAGGAGAUGGGUGCUGGUGGGAGCCUCUCUUGUUUAAACACAUGAGGCUUGCUCAAAUGGGAGGGAGCUUCUGCUGGAAACAACGCAUCUGACUAAUAAGGUGGAGGUUGAAUGUUCAGUAGGGAAUAAUGGCCAAAGACAUGUGAAGUGAGCUGUAAGGUCACCUGUUUCAGCAAAAGCAGAGAUGAGCAGAACUAAUAUACUGUCUUUUUGAAGUCUUAAUAAAGGAGAAGCUUUGGUCUUUGUAUUUUAGCACAUUGCUUAAAGCUUAAGUAACUUGUAUAUUUUUAAAUGUUUAACAUGUGUGAAUACUGUGAAAUAUCAAGAUCCAGCUGGAACUCGUCUCUUGCAGGGGAGUGGCUCUGUAACAAAGCCUCUGCAGUUUGAGCAAGUUCAAGGCCACUUGGCAGCUGCUCUCCUUAAAGCCAGGGAAGGAUGUUGACUAGCCAGCAGUUAACAUAACAGAAAACAGAUUUUGGUAGGAUUUCAAAAUGUAUUUUUUAAGUGGGGGUUUGUUUUUUCUGGGCUUGAGGGGUAGAGUUUUGGAGGAAGCAAUAGUAGAAGACAGAAGUAUGAGAAUUAUUGAGGUGUUUACUCUAAGAAAGGGUUCUUAAUGUAUCGGCACAUUGUUUCUUCAAAGAAGUCUGGUGGGGAGUAGAUGGAAGUACCUGAAGAUGGAGCUGGAGUCUGUGGAAGGUGAGACCCUUCCCCUCACACUGCAGGCUGCUCCUGGCACUACCUCUGGUCUUUCAGACUCUCCGUGUGUGUGUGAAUUUUUUUAUUUUUUUUUAACAACACUUUUUACUUCUUUGAG